AUGGCGCCAAAAGACAAGUACACAGACCCCGAAUUACGGGACCAAGUCAAGGAAGAAAUCCACAACAGCGACAAGGGCGGAAAACCAGGCCAAUGGUCUGCACGCAAGGCGCAAAUGAUGGCAUCGGAUGGACAGAAGAGGAAUGGCAGACGAAGGAGGGGGGAGGGGACUGCGAAGCAGGAUGAUGGGUCGCGAAAGAGGUAUUUGCCGAAGAAGGCUUGGGAGGAAAUGAAUGAGGGUGAGAAGGAGGAGACGGACGAGAAGAAGGUGGAGGGGUCGAAGGGGGGAGAGCAGUUUGUUGGGAAUACUGAGACUGCGAAGGAGGCGAGAAGGAGGGUUAGUUUUGAGGGUGAGAAUGGUGAGAAUGGUGAGGAGGGAGAUGAGAAGGGAGAGAAGGGAGAGAAGGGGGAGAACGGAGAGAAGAAGGAAGAGAAGAAGGAAGAGAAGAAGGAAGAGAAGAAGGCAGAGAAGAUGGGAGAGGCAAAUGGUGACAAGGACGAGUCGGACCAGACUCAGGGCAAAAAGAGCCAAAAUGGCCAAAAUGGCCAAAAUACUGGCAAAGGAACUAAACGCAAGGCCAAGGCUCAGCCAGCUGAGAAAGACAACGACAGAAUCAAAAGUUUGAGAAAGAGAAAUUGA